AUGAUGCGGUAUUCGGAUGGUCGACAGUCCGACAGUUGUACCAAAAACAUCAUGACGAUUCGACUGCUACUAUUUUACUCUAUAACAGCUCUUCUAAUAAAUGAGGUACAUUCUGCUAAAAAGACAAGCGGUUUGAUUGGCCAGCCUUGUCUGACAAAUGAAAAACGACGCUGUAUUCCGGAAAAUGCGGAAUGUAUCGAUGAAAUUUGUAUGUGUGCCAGCUUCUACAAAGCCAUCGACGGAGCAUGUGUCACCGAGAAAAGUAAGACACUCAAACAACACUGCCGUGGCGGUGGCGAAUGCCACGGACCCGGAGAGUUUUGCUCUUCCUUCUCGAUUUGUAUGUGCCUGAGCACUCAUGUUGAUGUCGGCAGUCAAUGCAAACCGGUGGUCUAUCCGGGACAACAUGGAUGCGAAGACUCCAUACAAUGUAAUAAAGGAUUCCCGGGUGCAAACUGUGAUGUUCACAGAAACUGUGUAUGUCCAGUUGGGCUAGUUGCAAUUCAACAAACCUGCGUAUCAAACGAGCAUGCAGCUCAUCAUCCUCCAAUUCAAAAUGAGGUGAUGCUGCAAAAUGAGAUCAUGGCAGAUCACAGAUCAAUCAACCGUUCCGAGUUCCGCGGAAACUUUUUCAGAAGGAGAAACUAUGAUGGUCCAAGAGCAUUUCAAAUUGGACCAGAUCUCACAUGUUCUUAUGACAAUCAAUGUGCAGGAUACCCAUUAGCCAUUUGUGACUCCGUUUGUAAAUGUGUGAAAGGUGCAUUGAACACGGGAACAACAUGCAUUGCUACUUCAACAGCUCUCCAAUCAUCCGUGGCAUGCCCAGCUGGUCAAACGUACAUCCGGGAAGCUGGGGUAUGUAUGACAGUUCAACAACCGGGAGAACCUUGCCAAUACUCUCAACAGUGCUCAGCAUUGGAGCCUGGAGCGUAUUGUCUGAAAAUGAGAUGUGAAUGUGUCUACGGAAUGAAAAAGAGCAGCAAUGGAUGCACUUUUGUUAAUAACGACUGCAAAGAAAGAGGUCACAUUUUCAUUAGUGAAAUUGGAGAAUGUCGAGAAGUGAUUCCACCCGGAGGCAAAGGAUGUUCUCACAACCUCCAAUGCUCUGGUGCGUACCCAGACGCAACUUGUUUCAUGCAGACAUGUACAUGCCCCCCAAAUCUACCAGUUGCCGCAGAUGGAACAUGUGGAAGAUCCUGUCCGGACAAACAAGUUUACUCAGGAGUUACCGGAGAAUGCCUUCCAGAAAAACAACCUGGUCAAGAUUGUAUCUAUUCUUCUCAAUGUCAAGCAGCAUUUGGUGGAUUGGUGUGUGACAAAAACACGUGUCGCUGCCCGAAUGGUCUAGUUUUCGAUGGUAUGAAAUGCUCACAAUCGUGUUCUGGAAUCAAGCGAGUUAUUGACAAAGAGAUAUGUGUAGAAGGAUGCCCUUCUGGUCUCGUAGAAGUUGGUGGUCGGUGUGUAAAACAAGUGUCAAUCGGACAACCAUGCACUGCAAAUGCUCAAUGUAACUUUGGAAGCUUCUGUCAAAGUGGAACUUGUCAGUGUCCACCGGGAUUCUAUGUGAUGGACAGUCAGUGUGAAGCGAUCGAGAGCGAUCCGAAUGGAAGUUGUCAAAACAAUGAAAAAUGCACAAAGGGGUCAGUUUGCUACAAUGGUAAAUGUACUUGUCCGAGGAAUCAAGAACUUGUCAAUGGAUACUGCCAACAGAACCGUGCAGCUGCACUUGCUUAUAACACUGCACUCAAUAACAUUCGUAAAAUUCGACUUCGCUUUGCAAGUCAAUCCAAAUCACGUAACUCACCUCCCCAACUAACAGAUGCUGACAGUGAUGAUGCUAACAGCGUACCAAUUGGAAGUGCUUGUGUAAGAGUUGGAGUAACAUGUGAUGGUGGAUCCGUUUGUGUAGCAGGAAUCUGUGUCUGCCCAUUAGGAAAAACACCAAGAAAUGGAGUAUGCAUUGAGCAAGUAGCAGCAAGACCAGGAGCGUCCUGUCGUAACGGAGAAGAAUGUGUUGAACACAGUUACUGUAGUGAAGAAACCCAUAAGUGUGAAUGCGUCAAGGCGUCUCAGAUGGUUAUCGGUGGAGAGUGUCGUGAACGUCUAAAGGCCCAUCCAGGCUACGGAUGUACUAUGGGAGAGAUGUGUGUUGGAAACUCGGUCUGUGUGAAUGGAAAAUGUGCUUGCACUGAUGGGAAAGUGGAUAUCAACAAGAUUUGCGUAGACCCAGUAUCUGCUAAACCAGGAGAUACCUGCGGAAAAGGAAUUGUAUGUAACGGGGGAAGUUACUGUAAUACUGAUUCUGGAAAGUGUGCCUGUCCACGCGGAGAGAACGCAAUCAAUGGAAUUUGCAAAGCAUUCACAUUUGUCUAUCCCGGAGAUUUGUGUACUGAUGUGACAUCCCGUUGUACUGGAGGAUCGUACUGUGCUCGUGGAAGAUGUGAAUGCCCGCUCAAUAUGAAUGCCAUUGACAAAAAAUGCGUUCUGCAACAAAUUGCCGCUCCUGGAGAGCAAUGUUCGGAAAGUGUGACUUGCACUGGAUUCUCAGUUUGCAAAAAUAGUCGUUGUGCAUGUGUCAAUGAUAUGAUGAUAAGAGAAAAGAUGUGUGUUCAGAGAAGAAAAGUGAAUAUUGGAAACGCAUGUAACCCAGAAGAUCAAUGUCUUGGAAACUCAACUUGCUACGAUAACAACUGCCAAUGCCCAACUGGUCAUGUAGCAAGUCUCAAUGUUUGUGUUCUCCGCAAGACUGUAACACCUGGAUAUCUCUGCAACCCUGAAGAUAUCUGCACCGGGCAAUCAGUAUGCAUCAAAGGAGUGUGUCAAUGUCAACCAGAUUACAAGCAAAUGCAUAAUAUCUGCGUGAAGAAAAGUAUUGGAGUUGAAAACAGUCCAUGUUCCUCUAAAGAUGAUUGUGGUGAAGGGCUAAUUUGUAAUUCUGGAAAAUGCUCUUGUCCAGAGGGAUUGUUCUCUGUAAACGGAAGAUGUAGAAGUUACAUUCAACUUGGUCAAACGUGUACUAGCGACGACAGAUGUGCCGAGAGAAACGCUUUGUGCCAAGAAAACUCGUGUUCUUGCAAAGCAGGAUAUGUGAAUAUUAACGGACAAUGCUCUGCAAAUAUUGUGACACCAGCAGAACCAGAGACACUGUCUCAAGUGAAAUCUGGCCUCAUCGGUCAUAUCUGUACUACGAAUGACCAUUGCAAAAUCCUGCAUUCUCAUUGCCGUCGAAACGUGUGCAUUUGUAAAGAUGGAUACAGAAUAUUUGGAUCAACACAGUGUAUUCCAAGAGUUGCGAAACCCAAAGAGAGAAAAGUCGAGAAACCAAACAAAUUGGUGGAGCUUGGAGAAAAAUGUGAUAAAUUGUCACUAUGCCAACGCGGGGCAGUUUGUAAGGAAGGAACCUGUUCCUGCCCGGAGACUUUCUAUGAAAGUGAUGGAGUUUGUGUAAAGAAUGUGGCUAAGAUUAAAGUUAUUGUCCCACCACUAUCAUCAUGUUUGAAUGGAGAGGAAUGCAGUGGAAACAGUGAAUGUGUUCAUGGAAUGUGUUUUUGUAAAGAAGAGUACACACUUUAUCGAGGAAAAUGUCAGAGAUUAAGAAUGGUUGAGAAGUUGAGAGUCUUGGAAACCAAGAAAAUAAUCAACCCUCAUAAGUCGUUUACUACGACAAAAACUACAUCGAAACCAUCGACUAUAAGUUUGUCCACCACCGAAGCAACUACUACAACAAACACAACAGUUCCACUAAGAUCUACUACAGUAGCAGUGACAGAAACGCAGAAAACUACUAGUGCUCCUAUUUCUACAACUACCUGGACUCCAUUGACUCCAAUUAAAAUAUCAAUGAAACUUGGAACAACCCUGCCACCAACGCCUCAAGUUACUCCUAAUCCAAACUAUGAAUACAAGUGGAAGCUUUCCAAACCUGGGCAUGCGUGUGAUGAUAAGAGUUUCUGUAUUAGCUGUUCUACGUGUGUUAAUGGGUUCUGUCGUUGUCCAGAAGGUCUUGAACUAUAUGGGGAGGAAUGUGUCAGUCAGAUAGAGGCUACAAAAUGUUUGGCAUCCAACCAAUGUCCAUCAGGAGCUCAAUGUGUGAAAGGAGAAUGCAAGUGUAAGCCAGGACUUGCUAUUUCAAGAUACGGAUUCUGUGUUCCAAUUACUUUUGCUGAACCAGGAACCUCUUGUGCCUAUGGAGAACGCUGUCAAAAAGAUUCGCACUGUGUAGAUGGAUUGUGUACCUGCAAUGAGCCACUCAUUCUCAAAGAAAACAAAUGUGUUAGAUCUCCGAGAGCCAAAAGAUUUGUGAAUGAUGUUCACCGAAAGCUACUCCGCUUUACACCAAAAAAGAAGGCGAAACUGGGAGAGUACUGUUUCCGUGAUGACCACUGUGAAAGUCAGAAGCAAUGUCUUAAGAAUGUUUGCAAAUGUGGAAGAAACUUUGUUCAAUCCUCUUUUUCAUGUGUUCCUAGGAUGUCAGUUGUCUCUUCACUUGCAUUACCAGGAGAGUCCUGUCGGAAAGGAUUCUGUGUCGGAGGAUCUACUUGUGCAAAUUUCAUCUGCAAGUGUCCAGAGGACUAUUACAAACAAGGAGACACUUGUGUUCGAUAUGAAUCAAGAAUUGGUUCUCCAUGUGGUCAGACAACCGGAUGCUCUGGAGGAUCAACAUGUUCUUCAUCUUUUUGUCAGUGUCAGGAUCAAUAUGAUGCGGAUGUGGAUGAAUGCUACCCUUACGAACCACCAGUCAGAUCAAGAAACAUCAAAGGUAUCUCUGGUAGAAGGAAGGUUAACAGAGUUGUUAGUGCAUCCACUAUCAAUUGUCCAAUCGGGUACGAUUUGGUCAACGGAAUGUGUGUGAACAGUGAAACAUUAUCAGUCAUCCAGUUAGCCGCUCCUGGAGGCGCAUGCGAAGAUGGAACUAUUUUAUGCACUGGCAAUUCAGUCUGCGCAAAUAAUGUAUGCAUCUGUCCCGGUGGAGAAACUGUUCAAAACGGUACCUGCCUCUCUAUCAACACCUAUUCGGCUCCUGGAGAACUUUGUGAUAUCACUAACACUGUAUGUACUGGAAACUCACAAUGUAUUGAUGGAAUAUGCAAGUGUCCUAAUAAUCAAGGAGCAAUCAAUGGAAGAUGCUCGAACAUGGGAAAUUCCAACUGUGGUAAUAUUCAAUGUGGAACAAAUCAACUUUGCAUUCAGGAUACUUGUCAAUGUCGACCGGGAUAUUACCAGCAACCAGGAAGUUGUCUAGCUGAUAGAUGCAAUUGCAUUCAAGGAGUGGACAUGUCAAUCACAGAUUCCUGCAACACUCGUCAAUGUGGAAUGAAUCAAAUCUGUAUUCACGACCGUUGUCAGUGUAGAACUGGAUAUCUUGUUCUACAAGAAACGUGCGUUUCUGACAAGUGUAAUUGUGUUCAACCAUCUGUCGAUGCAAUAGGAUCGGGGUGCUUGAACCAGUGUGGAACAAAUCAAGUUUGUGUUCAAGACCAGUGCCAAUGUAGAAACGGUUACCACGCUCAACCCGAAACAUGCAUGGGAGACAGAUGCAAUUGUAUUCAACAAGUAAUUCCCGAUACCGGAAGUUGCCAAAGACAGUGUGGAAAUAAUCAAAUGUGCAUUCAAGACCAAUGCCAGUGUAGAAAUGGAUUCUCUGCUCAACCUGAAUCUUGCAUAGGUGACAGAUGUAACUGUGUUGAGAGGAUGGUUGCUCAACCUCAACCAGCACCGUGUGUUGGAAACGGUUGUUCUGUUUCAUCGCAGUUAUUCUCGCCAUUUUUCGGCCUUCCCGGUCAGAUGUGUGAUCUGAGACCUAAUACAGUGCCAUGUAGGAACGAUGCUCAAUGUAUCAACAACUACUGUGCAUGUCCUUCAAACAGAGUGAUCAGUGGUUCGAAUUGCGUUUUCUAUCUUGGUGACGCACUCCCCGGGCAGAGUUGCCAAAAUUCGGGAGUCAUUUGUAGAGGUGGUUCAUCAUGUAGUGGUAGUACAUGCCAAUGUGCAACCGGAUUCAGUCCUUCUAAUGGUAGAUGUUCUCCAAUAGUUGAAAUGCGUUUCACAAUGAUACCAGUAACAACCGCGAUUCCGGCUAUAAUUAUUGAGUUGAGUCCUGGUCAAAUCUGUGAUCCGAACUGCGCUUUCCAACCAUGUAUGCAAAGAUGUUCUGGAGGGUCUUCAUGCAAUAACGCUGUUUGUACCUGCCCACAAGGAAGUAAUUCUUACAACAACAUUUGCACACCAAACUUUCCCCAAAACGACAAUUCUAAUUUCACAAGAACAGCAAGACCUGGAGAAAACUGUGAUACAACUAUUGUAUGUAUCGGAGGCGCCUCUUGUAUUCUCGGUACUUGCUCUUGUGACCCUGGUUACACUCCAAGCUCGGACAGAACAUCUUGUGUUCUCAUUGACCGAUACAAUGUUCGCUCAAGAUCAUAUCCAAAAACUUUCUGUACUUUUGAUGCAGAAUGUACCGGUGGUUCGAUCUGUGUUGAUAGACGAUGCGCUUGCAGAAAUGAUCAUGAAAUGGUCAAUGGUGUAUGUCAGUUAGCUAAUCUUCCUGGAUCCCGAUGUCAUACAAGUUUUUGUAGCAAGGGCGCCGAUUGUAGAAAUGGUUAUUGUGUUUGUUCCAAAACCAAUUAUUCAAAUGCAACACUAGAUUGUGUGCCACCAUCACCAACUGCCUUGUCUUCAACAGCAUACCCUGGGUCUAAAUGCAACAACAGCACAACUUGUCAAAACAGCUCUUCUUGCGUAUUUGGCUACUGUGUAAUUCCACAAGAUGACAUGGACAGAGACACUCAAAUCAAGAAAGCACACACCGGAACAAAAAAAUGCAGCAGUUACAAAGAUUGUGGAAAACUUCAGACAUGUUCUAGUUAUGGAACAUGUGAAUGCUCCUUUAACACAAAUCUGAUCAAUGGAGAAUCACUGUUAUUUCAACGAUCACGUAAUUUUUUUCAAGAGCAACUGGCAAGACGAACUCAACAACCAAGAACAUUAAUCGAGUGCCCGAGCAAUAGAUCUUGUAAACUUCCUGAUUGUUUCUGUACAAGCUCCGGAAAACUCCCACCAGACAACCUUGAUCCAAAACAAGUCCCACAAAUGGUCAUGUUGUCUUUCGAUGAUCCAAUAACUGAUAGAAUCAUCAAUACGUUGAAGUCUCUGUUUAGUGGAAAAAUUCGUAAUCCAAAUGGGUGUGCUAUCAAAGGAACUUUCUUUGUUUCCCACCAAUGGAAUAAUUAUGACCAAACUCUCUGGUUGCAUAGUAAAGGCAAUGAGAUUGCAGUGAAUUCUAUUACUAAAGAAGAACUAUCGGGAAGAACCAAAGAAAGAUGGUACAAGGAACAAAAGGGAAUGCGUGAAACAUUAGCCGAGUUCAGUUAUGUUGAUAGAUCCCAAAUAGUCGGAACACGUGCUCCAAUGUUUAACAUCGGAGGUGACGCCCAGUAUGGAAUGAUGGCUGAGAACAACUUCACUUACGAUAACUCGAUGCUUGUAAGCGGAGCUUACUGGCCGCAAACUCUUGAUCAUAAGGUGUCCUGGGAAUGUGAUGGAAGAUGUCCAACUCAAAGUCACCGUGGAGUGUGGGAAAUUCCAAUUCAAAACAUGCAAGCUGACGACUCAAGAUGGUACAAGACACUGACUCGAGCUUUGAAACCAGUCGACUCACGAGAUUCUGUUAAGAAAAUGUUGAUGAGAAACUUCAUGAACCAUUACAAAACAAACAGAGCUCCAUUUGUCCUGACUCUUGACACCGAGUUUUUGACCUACCUGCCUGACAACGGUGCAAUCUACGCGUUGGAAGACUUCCUGAAAGAUAUUGUUCAAAAACAAGACGUUUUUGUUGUGACUGGCAGCCAGCUCAUCGAUUGGAUGAGAAGUCCUUAUGACUUGAACAACAUCAAAAGUUUGCGUUCUUGGCAAUGCAAAUUUCUGAUGAACGACCACGUUCAGCCUUGUGAAGUCCCAUCAACCUGCAGUUUUGACGGAAGAGCUCGUGGACUAUUUGCUCAUAGUUUCCGAAUGUGUGGUGUAUGUCCGACUUCCUAUCCAUGGAUUUGA